AUGAGAGCGAAUCUGUUGACGUGGACAGCUAUACCAUUGAUACCACACGCAUGGGCUCGCAUUCUCUCCGAGGAAGCAUUGCUCGGGCCGAUCGAAGGGCUCAACAUUACAUACAGCCCCGCUCGACCGCCUUCGAUUCCUCUUGCGGUGCGCUCGCCAUAUGCGUCCAUCUGGUCCUCGACUGCCGAAGGAAACUCAAUCAACAGCAAGCCGGUCACAUUCUGGAACGGCGAAGAAGUCGGCUGGGAAGGCGUCAUCGUAGUCGACGGAAUCAGCUACGAAUAUCUGGGUGCGGGCUUCAGAGAUCUGCCGGCACAUCUCCGAAGGUUGGUGAGCGAUGUGGUCUACGAUAGUUCCUCCAGUGUCUGCACAUUGACAGCCGGUCCUGUGGAGGUCAAAGCAAGUUUCUUGUCUCCCGUCCUGCCAAACGACCUUUGCCGGACCAGCGUGCCACUCAGCUAUCUGAACACAUCCUGGACUUCCCUCGAUGGCCACUCUCACAAUGUCAAGCUCUAUGCUGAUGUCAGCAGCACGAUGUUGACCAGAGAUAAAGAUGACGUGACUGUGAACUUUUUUGACCAUCGAAAUCAGUCCUCCAUCCAUUCACACAUUCGACCUAGCACACUUCUAUCGUGGCAAUUCUCCACACUAAAGCCUCUCAAGUAUGGUGAAAGCAGUGAGUUCGCUCGAUGGGGAAGUCUUGUGCAUGCCACCAGCGCCGGAAAUGCCUCCGAAUUGAAGUAUCAGAGCGGCGGCGUCUUGGAGCUAAGGACGUCCUAUCUUUCGAAUCACAGCUUGUCGAAUACUCAAGGCUCAACUCUCCGCAAGGACAUACCGAACGAUGCCGCUUUCGCAUUCUCUCACAACUUUGGCUCGAAGAGAUCUGGCAGCGCUCUGUACACUAUCGGCAGCAUUCAAGAUCCCAUCAUUUCGUACGUCUCGUCGGCCGGCCUGGCUGACCUGCAUCCCUGGUGGACAAAAUGCUAUAAUGGAUCGUACGAAAUGAUUCCGGCCCACUACGAUGAAUACCACGAAGCUUUGAAGAAUUCUUCUGAGUGGGACUCAACUCUGCGAGCCGAUAUCGACAACUACUAUGCCAUUUUGGCACUAUCGGCUCGUCAGGUGAUGGGUGGUUAUGUCCUUACUGACCGUAUGCACCUGCCGAACGAGACCGAGGAAUCUUCUGAACCAAUGCUGUUCCAAAAAGAGAUCAGCUCGAAUGGCAACGUCAACACAGUCGACGUAAUAUUUCCCGCCAUGCCUUUCUUUCUGUAUGCCAAUCCGAUGCUGCUCAAAUGGGUGAUGGACCCGCUUUUCCUCUACCAAGAGUCCAACUACUAUCCCAAUGCACAUUCGAUACAUGACAUCGGCAGCCACUUUCCAAACGCAACUGGACAUCUUGACGGCGCAGACGAGUCGAUGACAGUUGAAGAAUGCGGGAACAUGAUCAUAAUGGCAUACGCAGUCUUCAAGUUCAUGAACGAUUCAUCGAAAGGCUUCGAGUAUCUUGACCAGCAUUUCACUUCACUGGAGAGAUGGGCCGGCUUUUUGGAACAGAAUGCGCUGAUCCCGCAAAGUCAGCUCAGCACAGACGACUUUGCCGGACACUUGGCCAACCAGACGGAUCUCGCCAUCAAAGGCAUAAUUGCUCUGAAAGCAAUGGCGAACAUCUGCGAAGUGAUCGAAGAGGUAAAUUGCCACGAAUGGAAUGAAACGGCAGGUAGGUACUAUUUGCAAUGGGAGGAGAUGGCAAUCGACCCUACUGGACGACACACACAGCUGUCAUAUCAACAUCGAGGCAGUUGGGGCACGCUCUACAACACCUACCCAGACAAACUUCUUGGCCUCGGGGUCGUUCCACAGUGGAUUCACGACCUGCAAUCUGCCUGGUAUCCGUAUGUCAGCCAGACCUUUGGACUUCCACUCGACAGCCGAAGCAUGCAGGCCAAAUCGGACUGGGAAUUGUGGGCCGCUGCUACUUGCCAACCCAGCACACGACGCCUCAUUGUGAACUCGCUAGUGUACUGGCUGAACAACACCGAAUUCCAUGUACCCUUCUCGGACCGCUUCCAAACCACUGGCUAUGGCGGUAGGCCUGGAGAUGCCGAUUUCAUGGCAAGACCCGUGGUUGGUGGACAUUUCAGUUUUCUGGCGCUGUUGAAGGCCGAAGAGUUGAAGAGAAGCUCGUCAGAGGUCUUAUGA